AUGAAGAAGGCUAAAAGUUCGUUCGAUUUGGCACCGAAUACUGAUUUAAAGUUUAAGAACCCGAUGAAAUAUCAGAGCACUGCAGAUCUCCGUUUGGCAAUGUCGAAACCGAAAAGCAAUAACAGUGAACGUAAAAAAGACGAUGGUGGCAAACACAAAGUUGUCAUUUAUUUUAGCGAUGCUUACAAUAACAUUUGUAAUAAGAGCAAUGAUUCGAACGUCAAUAACGAUAGCGAUCAUGCAAAUCGGUUGGCAAAUGAAAUGCAAUCGAAAUCACAAACAACAGAACAUGAAAAAGACAUUCAUCCAACAAAAGAUUUCAUGAAACAACUUAAGACAGUGUUGGAAGAAAAGUCAAAGUUUAGCAAUAAAUUCGAGAAUUUUGCUUCCGCACCUCAACAACCGCCUUUAAAGAAUAAAUUUCUAACAAAGCCAGCUAUUCCGGAGAAGCCAAAUGUUCUUCGAAUAAAUCAACCAGGAAAUAGCCAAGGGCAGAUAAAUGAGAAAAGUUUGGGUAAUGGCAAACUAUUGCCCUCAUACAUUGAAAGCAUCGACGAGAACAAUGUUAUAAAAUUAAAAAUUGAACAGAACUUUAAGAAAGCUUCCGAUCUAGUGAAUUUGAUAUCAUCGCAGAGCGAAAAAAAUAAAAAGAGAAUGCGAAAAAGCGAAGAAAGUAACGAAACAUCAUCGAUUCAUGAACUCAAUUUUUCACAUGAAGAUAUUGACGAUGAGAAUGAUGCGGGGGAUGAUGACAACGAUACACUCAGUGAGCCAGAUGAAGGUUAUUUCUACGAUUGGAGCUUUGUUCAGGAAUGGCGAAGCAGACCUCUGAAGACAUCAAAUGGUGGCGAAUUGCUUCCGUCAUCAGCAGCAUUGAAAUCAAAGCCAACAAAUAGCGUGAAUGUUGCUAAUGGAAAACUUAACGGGCCGCACCAUAUAAUCCAUGCUGAAGCACAGAAAAACAAUAGACUAAAUUUAUUCGAUAGUAACAAUAGACAGCAAAAGAUGCAAAGCCAACAAUCAGUGACAACGUUAGCGCCUAAAAUCGCCAAAGAAAUCAGUUUGCGUCCCUUGGGAAUGACAAAUGAAAAUGUAGAUUCGUUAGGUUUGCCGACAUCACCAAUGAAUGGACGCCAAAAUGUUAGUGAUAUUAAAACCCCAGGUCGGCAAUUUGAUUCGCCUUCGCGUGCUCAUGGUGCUUCUUCAGCGAUGAUUCCGGAACGUGACGUUGGCCCUGCAAGACUGCCAGCGUCACCACCUACAAUCACACAAGCGACGCCAUCAUCAGCUCAAAUUGUACAACCAAAUUAUAAACCAAUUCCACAAAGAGCUGUUCUAGGACCGACUCGAGGCGUAACGGUUCAAAGCACGGCUGUCAAAGCUCAACCAGCUUUAAUAACUUCAAGUCUAGCUGGCAAAGUUUACGUUGCAAAUUCAACAACGACAAAUGGGCUAUCGAAUUGCAAUAAUAUCAGUCGUGUAGAUGUCAAAACAAAUGGUGAAGUUGUUGAAAACAAACCUAAACAUUUCCACUCACAAAAUCCUACAAAUUUGCCUGCUCCCCAACCAACAAAGCCAUCCCAACCCCAUGGACCGAUAAAUCAUCCACCCGUGCCUCAUCAAUUUCACGCUCAACAACCACAUACAACAGCACAAUCUGGUCCACAGUCGUCGAAACAAAAACCUUCUAUGAAUGUUAACGUUACUAGAACUCAUCAUCAUAAUGGGAGCGGUAGUUUAGAUUUUCAUGGUUUUCGGAAAAUUCAAGAAUGUCAUAGUUCAUCUGAUGAGAAUCGUUCAUCAGGUCACGCUUCAAUGUCAGACACUGGCGGUGGUAAUGGAAGCAGUUCACCAGGAAGUAACAAAACUGGUCAACUCGGAUCAGUGCCUGAAGAUAGUCGACUCGCUGCUGGUGUUACUAAUCGUAAUGGAAGGUCACGUGCAAGCACGGGAAAACCAAGACAUCGAAAUGUCCCAACAAAAAAUCCUUGGAGUGGAAAUGGACUUGAAGACAUUAAAGCCGCAAUACAGCAAUUAACAUUGAGAUCACAAACAAGCACAAGUACUUAUAGUAGCUUAAGUGCAGGUUCUGAAAGCUCUGAACCAGCUCGGAGAUUAGGACGUUAUUCGUCAAUGGAAACUGUCAACACCAACGUGACAAGUGCUGAUGAAUUCGUGUGGGUUGAUUCACACAAUCGUUUAGUUGAACUUCAACAUCCACCAUGGAGUCAAUAUUGUUUAAUGCGAGUUAUAAGAGUCGGAAGAUGUCGAGACUUUGCUGAUCGUGUUUCAGCUGAAGCUGUCCCACGACUGGGAUAUCUUUUAACACGAGCUCUUGUAAGAAUAUCAAGAGAAAUUCAAAGACUCUCAAGCGUGCUGGGACUUUGUUCCAAGCAUGAAAUUGCUGGAGCUUUUAAAAUGGUUCUUUGCCCGGCAUUAGCAGACUCGUGUAUUAAAGCUUGUCUCCGAGCAGCAGCAAUGUUCUUUCUCUCAGGAGAUGGGACUUUAAAACAAACAAAAUCAGCAAGGGCCGGUCUUCAAUUGCCUGUUGGACGUUUUCACCGAUGGAUGGUCGAUGCUCGCUUGGGGAAAUUAGUUCAUGAAUAUGCGGCUGUUUAUUUAUGUGCCGGCUUCGAGAAUUUAUUGGAAGAGAUUUUGUUACAAUGUAUGCCCAAUGACUCAACAGCAACGUUAACAGCGAUGGGUCUUGAGCACGCAAUAGCAAAUUCGGGAGACCUUUGGGGUUUACUUCAACCUUUCGUUCAUUUAAAUGCAGGUCGAAUCGCUUCUGGAGCCUUGACCAUGCCACGAUGGACAAGCGAAGCAUCUGUCAGCUCUAAUUCGAACAUUCACACCAACAACACUAAUAAUAACAUUAACAAUAAUAAUAACAGCAACAAACAGGAACCAUGUUUGUUGACCACUUGUGUUGGAAGUCUUGCUGAACUCAAAGAUUUAGUAAGCCGAUCCCACAAGCGUAGCAAUCAUGUCACGAUGUCCCAAGCCGCAUUGCGUGAACUCUUUUACUUUAUGAGAUGCUCACAGCUUGAGCAUAACGAAGCCAACAACAAUGUAAACAGCCACAAUAACGUAAACAACAGCAACAACAACCCUCCCACAACGACAAACGGUAACGCUAUCAAUAAUAAUAUUCAAGAGCUUUGCUAUGAGCGUGCAUAUAUCGCCCCCCCGCCGUUGAUUGAAUGGCUUCGAGUGGCUUCUGCACACACAGAAUAUCGGCACUCGACAUUGAUUGAUAGAAAUGAUAUUAUUCAAGCAGCUCGAUUGCUAUUGCCGGGAGUUGAUUGCGCGCCACGCCAAAUUUGCUGCGACGAAGAAUUGCCUUCUGCUAAAACUUACUCCAUUCCAUCAAAUCAUCCGCCACCUUACAAUCAAGGUUCUAUGUCAUCAAGCUCAUCGAACUCGAAUAAUAAUUGCGAUGAUUACAUUGAAUGUGGACGUCGAGCGACAAUUGAAUUAUCUUUUCGUUUAAUGUUGACGGGUGUACCUGAGUUAUUAGUGCAAGCAAUGUCAUUAGCACCACCCACAACAAGAUACGACACACUAAACCAUCAAGGACUCAGUCCUUUGAUGAUUGCCGCAUUACGCAACGAUGAAAUUGCCAUACAAACUCUCCUUGAUUCGGGUGCGAAUCCAAACAUUGAAGUACCCGCAAUUGGACAUCCCAACUAUCCAGCAAUUCAUCCUGAAACUCAACAUUGGACUGCAUUAACAUUUGCGGCAUGUCGUGGAAAUUUUCAAGCUUUGAGAGUUUUACUCGAGCGUGGAUCGAAAGUUGAAGGUGGCGCACGACUGAGCGAAGAAAAAUGCACGUUUACACCACUGCAAGUAGCAAGCGGAACCGGAUGCAUAGAAAACGUGUCUCUUCUGUUAGCUCAUGGAGCUUCGUCAUUUCUUUCCACAAAGCAAAAUUCGAUGUCAUUCUCUGGAAAAGCACAACAAGGUUGUUACAGUGCCAUAUCAGUUGCCACUGCUCAUGGACAAAGACUAACUUUACGAAAAUUACUGUCACAUCCAUUCGUACCGGAAAAGCAAAGAGAUGUUUUGUCAUUGGAAGAGAUGCUUGCUGAAGGCGAUAACAAUAAUCGUUCUUCACACGAGCGGCAAAAUGAAGUUCCGUCGACAUUGAGUAAAGCUCAAAUCAGAGCUCUGCAGGAAGCCAUGUAUCACAGCGCUGAAAAUAAUUAUUUGGAUAUUACUAUCGAAUUACGAGCAAUGGGCGUCCCUUGGACUCUUCAUUGCUGGAUGAAUGCAUUGGCAGCUGCCCACGAGCUUCGUUUGGAUACGGUCAUUGAUCAAUUGCUGCAGGAUUUUCUACAAGUUUGUCCCGACGACUACAGUCAACAAUUUGUUAUGGAAUGUUUGCCGCUGCUUUUUUCCAUUUUUCGAUACAGCAAAAAAGAGGGAACAACAUUGCUUUUGGCAGAUAUUUUCAGUACAUGCUUUGGCUGGGAGCCAAUAAAGCCCAUAAAAGAAGUCGUUCUCCAGCCGGUGAAUGGGUCACGCAUUGAUCCGAAAUUUGUCAACAAUCCCGAGCUAAGUGACGUAACAUUUAGGGUCGAGAAUAAAAUUUUCUAUGGACAUAAAAUCGUUCUCGUAACUGCUUCACCCCGACUGCAAAGUUUGUUGAGCUCGAAAGUAAAUGAAGGAAGCGGUACGCCGACAGUUCAAAUCAAUGAUAUUCGAUAUCAUAUCUUUGAGUUGGUUAUGCAAUAUUUAUACAGCGGUGGUUGCAACAACCUAGAUGUGUCCGCAAAUGAUGUUUUAGAGCUUAUGGCAGCUGCAAGCUUCUUUCAACUUGAGGGAUUACUUCGUUAUACUGAAGCACGUUGCGCUGAAAUCAUCGACAUCGACAAUGUCGUUGCAAUGUAUAUUCAUGCAAAGGUGUACAAUGCAUCAAAGCUUAUGGAAUAUUGCCAAGGUUUCUUGCUUCAAAAUAUGGUGGCUUUAUUAACAUAUGACGACUCAGUUAAGCGUCUGUUGUUUGCUAAAAAAAUUCCCAAUCAUGAUGUUCUAAGUGGUUUAUUGACAACACUUCAACAGCGUAUUAAAACUCGUCGAAACACACCAAACAACAUGUCACAAAAUGUUAUCAAAUCGAAUCCAAUGAAUGGUAAAGCAAGCCACAACAAUUCCACAACAAGUAACAACAUUAAUAGUGCUUCAAAUGGCUUUCACAAAAGCAGCAAUAAUUUGACUGAAUAG